AUGCUGCGUGUCUGGAACACGUCAGGAGAAGAGUUCCCUGUGCAUAGAGAGGAGUUGCAGGAUGUGGCUGGCCUGAAGCUCCGAUUACGUGCGCAGUAUGGGUUCCCCUUGUGCCUCCAACAGCUGCUUCACGGGAGCCUCUGCUUGGAGAAUGCAUCAGAGCUCCCUUUAUUCGCCGACCUUCAGCUGGUUCUCUUGGCGAUCUCCGCUGGAAGCUGCGAAGCGGUUCAGGAGCUCGUUGCCUAUGCGGCCUUGAAGGGCCAUGUGAGAGUUGCCCGGCUUCUGCUGGAAGCCGGCGCAGACAAGGACUCCAUGGAUCGAGAAGGCAUGACUGCUCUCAACUCUGCUUCUUGGGCAGGUGACGUCGACAUGGUCCGGUUCCUGCUAGCAGCUGGUUGCAACAAGGAUCUACGGGACGGCUCUGGGUUGACAGCCCUCAGCCGGGCAUGCUCACGAGGUCAUGCAGAAGUUGUCAAACUUCUGGUGCAGGCACAAGCUGACCCGAACCUGCCUGAUGCUUACGACGGCAUGACGGCGCUGAGCCACGCCUCCGCGUCAGGCCAGGUCGAGGUGGCGAAGUUCCUACUGGCAGCAGGGGCUGACAAGGAUGCUUCUGACCGCCGCUUCGGCCUGACGGCCCUGAUCCGCGCGGCUUCCAAGGGACAAGUCGAGAUCGCUGGUUUGCUCGUGGAAGCUGGUGCCAAGCUGGACUUGAGGAGCAAGUCUGGCAUGACUGCUUUGGGCUAUGCAUCUUCCGAAGGCCACUCUGCCGUUGUGUGCUUGCUGCUGCAAGCCGGCGCCAGCAUGGACUUGCGAGACUACUGCGGGAGAACACUUCUCGGAUACGCAGCUUCCGAAGGCCACCUGGAGAUCGUGCAUCUCUUGCUGGAGGCUGGUGUGGACAAGAAUGCGAGGGACUGUCUCGAUGGCAUGACGGCUCUGAGCCACGCAUCUUCCAAAGGCCACAGGCAGAUCGUCCAUGCUUUGAGCGCUGGUGUGGGCGUGGGCCGCAGGACCAUAGCGGGCUGA